UAACUUCCUUUGACUCCUCCUUUUUUGGACUGCUUAUCGUCUUGUUCACGUGUUUGUUUGCCUUUAGUCGUCUUGACACUGAUCACACCUCUUGUUGUUGAGAUCAAGUGGCUAAAAUCACAGUUCAUUUUUGUUAUUUAAAAUCUGAAUUUAAGUUACUAUGUCUUCAAGGAAAGGAGCUGUUGGGCUUGAUAAUCUUGCGUUUGAUAUUGAGGAACAAGUCAAUGAUCAGCUGAAACAAAAGGAGGAAAAGAUGCAUGGCAGCAGCUGUGGAGCAGAGGAAAACAGAGAUAAACCUAUCUAUUGUGUCACUGAUGUUCCCCCUUGGCACCUCUGUAUUCUUCUGGCCAUUCAGCAUUACCUGACAGCUUUUGGUGGGAUCAUCUCUAUUCCUCUCAUACUGUCGGAGGGAUUGUGUCUGCAGCACGACAGCCUGACACAGAGUCGCCUCAUUAACACCAUUUUCUUCGUGUCUGGCCUGUGCACCCUGCUGCAGGUCACCUUCGGUGUUAGGCUUCCCAUCCUCCAGGGUGGUACAUUUGCUUUGCUAACACCUGCAGUAGCCAUGUUGUCCAUGCCUGAGUGGAAGUGUCCUGCAUGGACCCAGAAUGCCACUCUGGUUAACACCUCCUCUCCUGCCUUCAUAGAAGAGUGGCAGAGCCGCAUGAGAACACUUCAGGGCUCCAUCAUGGUGGCCUCUCUCCUCCAGAUCCUGGUGGGUUUCUCUGGUCUUAUCGGCUUCCUCAUGCGCUUCAUUGGUCCCUUAACCAUCGCCCCCACAGUCUCUCUCAUAGGACUGUCUCUAUACGACUCAGCUGGAAGCAAGCUCGGCAGCCACUGGGGCAUCUCUGCUAUGACAACAGCACUGAUCAUCCUGUUUUCCCAGUACCUCCGUCGUGUACCCAUUCCUGUUCCUGCAUACAGCAAAACCAAGAAACUGCACACCUCUAAGUUCUACAUCUUCCAGUCGAUGCCUAUUCUGCUGGGCAUUUUGGUGUCAUGGUUGGUCUGCUACCUCCUCACCAUCUAUGAUGUCCUACCAUCUGAUCCAGCCCAGUAUGGCCACCUGGCCCGUACUGAUGUGAAGGGGGAUGUGGUGAACGAGGCUUCCUGGUUUAAAGUCCCUUAUCCUGGUCAGUGGGGCCUUCCCACUGUGAGCCUUGCAGGUGUGAUGGGCAUUAUGGCUGGAAUAAUAUGCUCAAUGGCAGAAUCUGUGGGCGACUACCACACAUGUGCCAAGCUAUCAGGGGCCCCUCCUCCACCCAAACAUGCCAUCAACCGGGGCAUUGGUGUUGAAGGGCUCGGCUGUUUGUUGGCGGGGGCGUUCGGGACAGGCAAUGGUACCACUUCCUUCAGUGAGAAUGUGGCUGCCCUGGGUAUCACCAAGGUUGGUAGCCGGACGGUGAUUUUUCUGAGUGGAGUGUUUCUGAUUCUGAUGGGGUUGCUGGGUAAAAUUGGAGCCAUCUUCACAACCAUUCCUACGCCAGUGCUUGGAGGGAUGUUCUUGAUUAUGUUUGGAGUCAUUUCUGCAGCAGGAAUUUCAAAUCUGCAGUCCACAGACAUGAACUCCUCCAGGAACAUAUUUAUUUUUGGUUUUUCUAUCUUCACUGCACUUGUUCUUCCAAACUGGAUAAUGAAGAAUCCUGACUUCUUUCAAACAGGUGUAAACGAGUUAGACCAAGUGAUCCACAUAUUAUUGUCCACACAUAUGUUUGUUGGAGGGUUUCUUGGCUUCUUCCUAGAUAACACAGUUCCAGGAACCAAACGUGAGCGUGGUCUCUUAGCCUUGGAUGAAUGUCAUCUUGAGGACUCGAGCGACGCUUCAGAAAGUGAAGAUGUGUACGACCUCCCCUUAGGAAUAACAUCCUGCCUCUCAUCUCAGUCUUGGGUUCGAUACAUCCCGUUCUGCCCGAGGAAGGGCAAAAGGACUCAGAACAAGUCUGCAGACAAUCAGACCUCACAAAGUGAGCAGAUACCAAAUGGCACAGGGGUCACUGAGGAAUUUGCUUUUUAGCAUCUGAAAUA